AUCCUGAAAAUGUGGAAUAUAAUAUCUACUAAUCCAAUUCCAUUUGUCGAACCCUAGUUCUUGCAUAUUUUAUAGUUCUCGAUCGAUCUCCAUCAUUCCAUCAUUUCAGUUUCUUCUUCUACGUACUCUUCUUUAACUAUCUCUGAAAUCUGAAUCCUCAUUAUUCACUAACAAUGGAUCAUGCGGCUGAUGCUCAGAGAACUGAUCUAAUGACCAUCACUCGUUUUGUUCUUAACGAGCAGUCCAAGCAUCCCGAGGCACGUGGCGAUUUAACCAUCUUACUCAACCACAUUGUUCUCGGUUGCAAAUUUGUCUGCUCCUCCGUUAGCAAGGCAGGUCUUGCAAAAUUAAUUGGACUUGCUGGAGAGACCAACGUUCAAGGUGAAGAGCAGAAGAAAUUGGAUGUGCUUUCAAAUCAAGUUUUUGUGAAAGCGCUAACUAGCAGUGGCCGUACUUGCAUUCUUGUUUCGGAAGAGGAUGAAGAGGCCAUAUUCGUAGAGUCAUCAAAGCGUGGAAGAUACAUUGUUGUUUUUGACCCGUUGGAUGGAUCCUCCAACAUCGAUUGUGGUGUUUCUAUAGGAACUAUCUUUGGGAUUUAUGUGGCGAAAGAUAAGCAAAACCCAAGUCUUGAGGAUGUACUGCGACCUGGGAAUAAGAUGGUAGCCGCUGGUUAUUGCAUGUAUGGAAGCUCUUGCACGCUGGUGCUUAGUACUGGAAAUGGAGUGAAUGGCUUCACGCUUGAUCCAUCGCUAGGGGAAUUUAUAUUAACUCAUUCCAACAUUAAGAUUCCGCAGAAGGGAAAGAUCUACUCAGUAAAUGAAGGAAAUGCACAGAACUGGGAUGAGCAAACUACCAAGUAUGUGGAAAAAUGCAAGUUCCCCCAAGAUGGUUCAUCUCCCAAGUCUCUUAGAUACAUUGGAAGCAUGGUUGCUGAUGUGCACCGAACAUUGCUAUACGGAGGCAUGUUUAUGUACCCUGCCGAUAAGAAAAGCCCAAAUGGAAAACUACGAGUUCUUUACGAAGUUUUCCCGAUGUCAUACCUGGUUGAGCAAGCAGGAGGUCAAGCUUUUACUGGAAAGCAAAGGGCCCUAGACUUGGUUCCAAACAAGAUACACGAGAGGUCCCCAGUAUUCCUUGGUAGCUAUGACGACGUCGAGGAAAUUAAACAACUGUAUGGGGUUAAGAAUAGCAUCUCCAAUGGCUUUUCUAGUUGAGGUCCUAGCUAAAAUCUGGGGAGGAUUUGGAAAAAUCCAUCUCCAAUCACACUUCUUAUCCACCUCCUAAGAUAGGGAUUCUCCUAGGAGCUGCUAAACCUCGGGAGUAAGAAAGGAGCUUUUAGAAUGAAUUAUUAAUAUUUUAAUGAUAUUAAAUAAAAUUCUAUUCUUAUUUUUCCGCAAUCCAUAUAACUCCUCAAAACAGAGAGUGUGAUUGGAGUAAACUCUUCUACAGAGCUCCUAACUUUCUGGUAUUUUUAGCUAAAAUUUAUUUAGAUAAUGAGCAUGAUUGGAGACGCUCUAAUUGAUA